GACUGGAGGCAGAUAAGAGGAAAAGCAAUUCUGAAGUAAAGCACAAAUGUAUCCUUAUGAAUUAAAAAAAUCUAAAUCACCCUCAUACUGGACUCAAAACCUGAAUGCAGAGCAAGCAGCAAGAAAAAGGGUGCCUGUCCCUUUAAGGAAAUUUGACACCGAGGAAACCAAAAGCAAAAUACUUCUGGAGAAAGGGAACUGAGCCAUACUCGUUAUUCUCACUCCCACACCACCGAGGAGCAACAAACAUCCUGAAAACAACGGUUUCUAAGUGCAGAAUGUGAGACAGCCGCCCUGGUUCAGCGAUAUAAGAAGACUUCACCAGUGUGAUGUCAACAACCAGAAAUGGCAUCUGGCAGCAGUCUCUUCUCUGAGGACCAGUUUCUGUGUCCCAUCUGCCUGGAUGUCUUCACUCGCCCAGUUUCCACUCCAUGUGGACACAACUUCUGCAUGUUGUGUAUCGAAACCUACUGGAAAGAUGCGCAAGUCUGUCGGUGUCCUGUCUGUAAUCACGCUUUUGAAAGAAGACCGGAUCUCAAGGUCAACACUUUCAUUUCAGAGCUCACGUCAAACGUCUUGUCGCUUAAAGCUAAAGACUUUGACACCUGGAGUGCUCAUUCACUGCAGGCCAGCCCUGGAGCUGUGGUGCUAUGUGGCAUCUGUACCGACACGCCGCAAGAAGCAAUUAAAUCAUGUGUGGAGUGUCAGACUUCAUACUGCAAUGUUCAUCUGGCGCCUCAUCACCUUGCCCCUGGACUGAAGAAGCACAUGCUGAUUGAACCUGUGGCGAGCCUGGAGGGGCGGAUCUGUGAGGAACAUAACAAGCUGCUGAUGUGGUUCUGCAGAGACGACAGCGCUCUGCUGUGUGACGUCUGCUCCAGCUCCCGCCACAAGGAGCACUCUGUUGUUCCUGUGGAGCGGGCGUACGACGAGAAGAAGAACCUGCUGGAGCACACUGAGGGUAAAGUGCAGCGGAUGAUCCAGGAAAGGCUCCAGAACGUUGUGAAAGUGAAGGAAUCAGUAAAGCUAAGCAAGACAGAAACUGAAAAGGUGACUGCCAGUGGUGUGCAGGACCUAACAGACCUGGUGUCUGAGAUUCAGAAGAGUCAGACAGAGCUCAUCGCGGUCAUCGAGGAGAAGCAAAAAACUGUAGAACAAGAAGCACGAGGGGUAAUUAGUGAUAUGGAGAAGGAGAUCACAGAGCUGCAGGUGACGAGUGUGAAGCUGAUUGAGCUAAAGCAGACUAAAGAUCAGCUCCAUUUUCUCCGGCACUACCCAAGCUCCUCUGUCCUGCCUCAAACAAUGGAUCCUUCCAAUCUCAGCUUUAACCGACACCUGGAGAUACAACACAUAGGCGAAUCUUUGAAAAACUCCGUCUCCCAGCUGCGAACACUGCUCAACAAAAUGAACACAGACAUACAAAAACUGUGCGACAGAUCAGACGUGUCAAAUAAAGCCACGCUCAGAUAUAUGCAGCAGUACGAAGUGAACGUCUUGCUGGAUCCGGACACGGCUCAUCCUCUGCUCAUGAUAUCGGACGACUUGAAACAAGUAAGAUACAGCAUGCGCUCAGGAUGGUGGGCAAACCAAAUCUCGAACCCAAGCAUGUUCACUGAGCAUCUUGCAGUUCUGGGAAACAGAAGCUUCUCAUCCCGCAAGUUUUACUUUGAGGUUCACGUGGGUCAGAAGACCGAGUGGUGUCUGGGCAUGGCUGCUGCGUCGGUCCAGAGGAGAGGGUCACUCAGUCGGGAUUCGCGUAGUGGGCUGUGGGCCAUGUGGUUCCUGGAAAAUAAGUUUGAAACCUUCAACUCUCCGGAUGAGCCGGUACACUUUGGGAAAGUGGAGCGGAUCGGGGUUUUUGUGGAUUACGAACGAGGUCAAAUAUCAUUUUGGGACACGGAGGCUGCAACACUUAUUUACUCUUUCACUGAGUGUUUCUUUACCGAGGAGCUCUAUCCGUACUUUAAUCCCUGUGACAAUGAAUUUGGCUCCAACUUAGAUCCCAUGAUAAUAGUUCCUGUUGGUGAAAACGAGUCAGCGGGGCUUCAGAGACUCACCCUUUGAAUCAAAUAUAUUAUUCUGUUUGAGUCUUUGUGGGGUAAAAGCCAAGUGCCUUACAUUUAAAGACAUAUAUCCAAUAUGAAGGACGUUUUGGAUAUUUAAUGUCUUUAAUAGAUAUUUAUCAGUGAGAUAAUGUGAAUAUAUGAGGUUUUCUUGCUAAAUUUGCUAAUCGCCUAUCCAAGUACAGAUUUUUUUCAGUUUUGUUUAGUUUCUUUUUGCCAUGUAGAGCAUGGGCCUGAUGGUCUAAAUAACAUGGGCCUGAUGGUCUAAAUAACCCAAAAUGGGAUGUCCACAUAUGUGGAAGCCAGGUCCUAGGAGGUUAAAAUGACAAGAAAGACUGGCUCCUUGGAAAGAAAAUAUAAAGAAAUGACGGUAGAAUAAAUCCGGUUUUGACAAGUAAAAAGGAAAAGCAAACUGAUAAAAACAGUGAAUGUGAAUCUCAAUAUGAAAGUCUCUCAAUGUUUGUUUUAAGGAGGAAAAUAAUAUUCAAACCUUCAGAAAGUUUAGAUGUGCAUUUAAUGACUAAUGAGUUAUUUAUUAUCACAGUUUUUCGUAUAAUAAUUCAAUUAUUUAGUCUAUCACGUUUUGACACAUUGCCAGGCAGCUUCAUAAUUAUCUUAUGAAUGUAGGACGGUGGCUUCAUCUUAUAAACAGGCAGACUAAUUCAUUACACUACAAAAAAAAGACUAAACUAUAGAGGGGGGUUUACUGCUACAUAUGGUGACGUCAGUUUAAGUGUGAAAGCUUCGAGCUUGUAACGAGUUCGGCACUUCGUGCACAGAAGAUCGAACAGCAUGUUAACGAGGGAGAAGAAUGGGUGGAAAUAAUAAAAUUGAGGAUUUAACUGAAAAGAAAGUGGUGCUGUAAAUGGGAGCAACACCUGUGAUUUCAAGACAAAAUAUGAAUUCACCAGGUGUUCUUACUUAUAUAGCCGACAUGGAGGUGCGAGUGGAGUCUGUAAAGUGGUGAAAGGACUAAAAGGAUGUGCUUCUGUAAGUCACGAAUAGAUGCACAUUUUGCACGUGUUUACGGAUUUGUAGAAAGAAAUGUUGCUGCGGAUUCUGUGUAUUCUUUUGUAUGUGUUUUUGGGCACUGUGAGCACUGCUAAAGUAGAUUCCAGUAUAUUAAACAACAACAGAUAUAUCCACAUAGCAAGUCAGAGAAAAACACUGUCCCUUUAAUUUUGAUAUAUUUAAUAUUACAUAUAUACCUGAUUGAAGAUCGAUCUGAUUUAAUUUUCAAGUGUCAAACUGGAGUCAUAAUUCCCUGACUCAUUGCAAUGGUUUUUGUAUUUUUUGCAAUAUCCAAAUAAAUAAUAUUUGUGAGGAA